GAAUCAACAAAAUAAACUCCAAAUAAUUGUCCGUCGUUUAGUUAACGAGUUUCAAUUCGUUAGCGAAAACACCUGAUUUUAACGAUGUCGAUUUUCGUUAUAAGUGGCUACUGAAUACCAAGUUCGUUAUCUUUUCUGUUAUCGCUUUUUAACUAAACACAUUACUAAAUUCCACUGCUGAAAUCGCCCAAUUCUUGCCGGCAAUAUUAUGUUUAAUUAGUUAUGCUUACACAUUUACAUUUGCAACGUACGGCAACCCUAGCGAAAUCGAAAUACUAAUACAGAUGUGUGAUUGAAAUCGCUUUCGUCCAUGAUUUAUUGUUUUGCAACCAUAUGACAUUAUGAUAAAAAGUUAAUUUUAAUAGUUAAUAUGGCUUUUGUUAUGCUUACUUCAUUGUUAUUACUAGAAGAGAAACAAGAAGAGUUGCAAAAGAAUCGUGUUAAAAGAAGAAUUCUGCGAGAUUCCUCAAAUCCACUAGAAUUGGCAGAAUCAAAGUUUGUGGAAUAUUUCGGUUUAAAUAAGGUCGGAUUUGAAUGGAUUUUAAAUACCAUCAAACCACAUUAUAAGCAUACAACCAUUCCUUUGCCCAUCCAGUUGGCUGCCACAUUGAGAUUUUUUACUGCGGGCAUUUGUCAACAGCAUGUCGAAGAUGACAGUGUAUUUUCUUUAGGCCGCACAACAUUUUGCAAGACACUAAACAAAAUGAUAAGCAUUUUGGAAGAAAUGGUUUGCCCCCAUUGGCUUCAACCUCUAACGGACUCAGAAGAAAUUUUAAAAUCUAAAAAAUAUUUUCGAGACAGUUAUGGCAUUCCAGAUGUGAUUGGCUGUAUCGAUGGCUGUCACAUAAAGCUAACUAAACCAACUACAAAUGACGAUUUGUAUUAUAAUCGAUGUGGACAAUACAGCAUAAAUGCCAUGAUAAUUUGCGACUACAAAAUGAAUAUACGAGCUGUUGAUGCAACACGGCCCGGUUCCAGCGAAGAUUCGUUUGUUUGGAAUCAUAGCCAGCACAAGGAUUUCUAUAAAUCCCGAUAUGAGAACGAUGAUUGUGAUUCUUGGCUUCUAGCUGAUGCUGCAUAUAAACUUGAGCCAUAUGUCCUAACGCCGUACAAUGGCCUGGUGACGGAUGCAGCUCAGCUGAAUUUCAAUAAAGCCCAUGCAAAGGCUAGAAAUGUGAUUCGAUUGACCAUAGAAAUACUGAAGAGUAGAUUUAAGUGCCUGUCAAAAAGAUUGCGCUACAAACCUUCAAAGGUGGCCAAAAUUAUACACAUCUCUUGCGCUCUUUAUAAUAUGUGUAAUUUUUAUAACGUUAAACAGUCGAUAAGGAUAAAACGUUUCAAAAGCGAUGAAGAAGAUGAGCUGGAAUGUAAGGAAAGGAUCUUCAAAGAUUCUAGCAAUAAGGUCGCAAGGAAAUAUCGAGAUAAAAUAGCCCAAAGAUUGUUAAUCGAAUGAGCCUAAGGCGAUUGACAAGAAAUUACAAAGUGAUAACCAACAUUCCGAAUACUGUGAUAUUUGGCAUAUUUUAAUAGUGCAAGACGACAAGUGGUUUUAUUGAUUUAUUUAUUUAAUGUUUUAGUAUAAUUGCUACUUUGUUGGACUCUGGGCUGUGCGACGUGAUGAUUUGAUUUUGACGCUUGACAAUUUUUGGAUUUUUCUUCCUUUGCGAUAGACGAUUUUAUUCCGACCUCUAUUUGUUUUAA